AUGGCCACAGAUGUUGCGCCAACCAAACGAAACUUUCCAACUUUCUGCAUACCAUUUAUUUAUUUUCACCCAAUUCCUUGUUACAUAUGUCACCCAUUCAGGCAGCUUUAAUACUCUUUUACCAGAGCUAGAAGACAAAGCUUUCCUCACUUAUCUAACCAACACUUAACCACCAUAACUUUGACCACACAUAACCCCUUGAGGCAGCUUUCUACCCUCGUACUAGAGCAACCUUUUUUACCAGACAAGUUUCCCUCACACCACAACACACAGAGGUACACACUAAUUCACCCUCUCCCCCCUACACACAGGGAACAUCCAGAGCGGCCAGAGUGCAUCCAGCGGGUGUGGGAGAUACUGGGGCGUGCCGGGGUGCUGGGGCGAGGCCAGCGGCUGCAGCCUCGGUGGCCCAGCGUGAGGAGGUGGAGCUCAUGCACAGCCAGGAACACGUGGCCUUCAUGUUCAGCCUCCAGGCCCAGGGGGAGGAGGUGGAGCUCCCACACAGCCAGGAACAUGUGGCCUUCAUGUUCAGCCUCCAGGCCCAGGGGGAGGAGGUGGAGCUCACACACAGCCAGGAACACGUGGCCUUCAUGUUCAGCCUCCAGGCCCAGGGGGAGGAGGAGCUGCAGACCAUGCAGGAGAACUACAAGUCUGUCUACCUCCACCCCGCCACCAAUGCCUGUGCCCUGCUCUCGGCCGGCUCACUGCUGCAGGUACGAGGGGGAGAAAGAAGUACCAUAAGUGCAUGUAGGAGAGAGUAAUGUUGU